AUGCAGACCGGCAACACCGGGGGUGUGAAAGAGCUUCGCCCGGCUUCGUCGGCUCGAGUCCGCGAAAACCAGCGGCGUUCUCGCGCACGGCGCAAGGAAUACACUCAGUUCCUUGAGGAAAAACUACGGUCAUUCGAAAGGCUUGGUGUAGCCGCGUCGCAGGAAGUUCAAGAGGCCGGGAGAAAAGUCGCAAAAGAGAAUGCCCUCCUCCGAUCGCUUCUGAUACUCCACGGCGUCUCAGAAGAAGAAAUCGAAAAAUACCUGCAAUCACAGGCGACCUAUAUUCCAUCAAUAUCGUCCUCUGCAAUGGCAACUUCACACUCGCCAAAAGCGCCAAGUGAUCCACUUGUGAAUUAUCACCAUACGUGCACAACUCCAAUGAAGUUAAACAGUUCGCCAUAUCAGCUUGAUACUACCGGGACUGAACGUUCGAUAUCAAAGUCAACUGCAGAAAGAUACAUGAGUCUUGAUACCCAGAGCUCCGGGGCAGAGCGGCCAGCAGUACUUAGUUCCGACGCUUCCGGAACUAAAGUGCAGCAGUUUAGUGACGACCAGGGUAUAGGUCAAUUCACGUCUUGCGAGAAUGCAGCCAGAAUUAUCGCAAGCCUGCGGAACAACCCCGAUAUCCGUGAUGUAAGGUCCGAACUUGGUUGUGAUUCGGAAUCAAAUUGCAUGGUGAAGAAUAUGUCAAUUUUCGACGCCCUAGAUAAGGGAUCGGGAUGA